GCAUGACAUGCUGUUCUUCCACUGAAUAUAGACUACUUCUUUCGAUUUUCUAUUAACCUCAACCCUGCAAUAUAACCCUUUGCUGUAUAGCCACUUGCAUCACCACCGUCAGUCAACAUGUCGCCCAAGACUUUCAUCGUCACCGGUGCCUCAAGAGGUAUCGGUCUCGCCAUCGCCAAGUUCCUCCUCACCGCGCCUCAAUCCCACAGCCUGGUCGUCGUCGCCCGCAGCAUCGAGCCCCUCCAGAAACUCAAGGACCAAUACCCGAACCAAGUGGAGGUAGUGAACGGCGGUCUCGCGGAUUUCUCUCUCGGACAAAAGGCCGUCGAUCUGGCCCUGAAGACCUUCGGACGUCUGGAUGGAUUGGUCCUCAACCACGGCACGCUCGGCCAAGUGAACAACAUCGCCGAGGCGGAUCCGGAACAAUGGAAGCAGGGAUUCGACGUCAAUUUCAUCAGUUUGGUGGCUUUUGUCAAAGCCGGACUUCCCGCGCUUCGCGAAUCCAAGGGUAGGAUCAUCUUCACUUCGUCGGCGGCUUCCGUCUCGGCAUUCAAGGCGUGGGGUCUGUAUGGCGCGUGUAAGGCGGCCAUGAAUCAUCUGGCGCUGAGUCUUGGGGAGGAAGAGCCCGAGGUGACAUCCGUGUCGGUGGAUCCGGGCAUGGUCGAUACUGAAAUGCAGCGGGAGAUUCGUGAAGAUCUGGUCACCACGAUGGAUCCUCAGUUCCAUUCGGUAUUCACUACGGUGCAUAAAAGUGGGAAUCUGCUGAAACCUGAACAGCCUGGCCAUGUCAUUGCCAGGUUGGUGGUUGAUGCACCGAAGUUAUUGAGUGGCAAGUACAUAUCAUGGAAUGACCAAGCCCUGGAAGCUUUCCAAUAGACUACUAGAAGAAAUCUGUACAUAUAGGAAUCAGUAUAUACCGCCAUCGGAGAAUAUGUUGGCACACGCGAUUGGCUGGUAGGCGAGGAUCACAUGUCCCACAUUUACGGUUUGUGUUUCU